CAUUCGCGCCAAUGCCUCGUCCAAUUCGCUGGCGGGUUUCUCUCGUAGUCCACCACGUGUGUGUCUGUUUUCCACGAGUGCCAACGAUGCCAUCUUAAAUCAAGGCGAGAUAAUGCCCGCCAUCUGCUCGCCAGGAAGGGACAUCGUUGUGGGGGGGGGGGGGAAAAAGGGGGAUGUCGUUGGCUUAGAGCUCUUGUAAUUAGAGGGAGUGAGGAGAUGAAGGGAGGAAGAAGCGGCACGCCGGCAGAGUACACAGUCAAUUCAACUGUUGAGCAAUCAUUUUCCAAAAUGCGUGGAAAGGACAUUUUUAUCUCGUGUUAUUGAGUUGAUGAGCAGAGCAGACAGACGGAUGGACGACAAGUGCAAUCAGUGACGAUCACGUGUGGCUCGAGGUUGGGGGGGGGGGUGCUGCUGCAGGCCAGCGCGCUUUAAUCACAGAGCCCGACCUUGCAUUGCGAGUUCAACCCACAAUCAUACACAGCGGGCGACAUGAGCGACCUCAGAAGAUGAACGCCGCAGAUGGUCAUGAGCGCUUGGAAGAGGGCUUGUUGUUUGUUCAGCUUGUGUCCAUCGUGAGGCCACCAUGCGAAAAGCGAAUCGUCUCCUACACUAUUGUCAAAUAAUAUGUCUCGAAUAUUAGUGGAUGAAGGUGCAGAAUGGCGCAGCGCGUUGACAAGUUCCCGGCGUGGUGAAAGCCCACAGAUGGCAUGCAACUGAAUAACGACUACGUUUUAAAAUCGGCCUUGUGUGACAUUUUUCACCUUGGACUGAACUGGAGGAUCAGCGGGCACCGUCGGAGCGACCUUCGUCAGGCGUGGCGGUUGACCCUCCUCCUUUUCCUGCUGUCCCCCUCCGCAGCCUCCUUGGAUGAUUGCGGCAAGCAUGCCCGCGGCGUCUGCAAACACAGGUGGCGUUGCGUGUCACCCGUUCGAUCUGCACGAGACUGUGGCCCUGCUCACCUCUCAGCUGCACCCCGAUGCCAACCACAAGGAGGAUCUGGUCUUCCUCAAAGAGGUCUUCAGUGAGAAGAGCCUCAGCUACCUCAUGAAGAUCCACGAGAAACUGAAGCAGUACGCGAAGCAGAGCCCGACGCCGGUCCUGCGCAGCGCCUCCUGCCUGGCGGAGGAUCUGACAGACGAGCUCCAGAACGGGCUGCUCGAGGAGGACGAGAAAGAGCUGCUGCUUCUGCUCAGCGCCCCUCACCUCAAGGCUGUGCUGUCGGCCCACGACACGGUGGCCCAGAAGAACUUUGACCCGGUGCUGCCCCCCUUGCCCGAGGACGCCGACGACGAGCUGGAAGAGGAGUCGGUGAAGAUCGUUCGAUUGGUGAAGAACAAGGAGCCUCUGGGCGCGACAAUCCGACGCGACGAGGCCACCGGCGCCGUCAUCGUGGCGCGGAUCAUGAGGGGGGGAGCGGCCGACCGCAGCGGUCUGGUGCACGUGGGGGACGAGCUGCGCGAGGUCAACGGCAACCUGAUCACUCACAAAAGGCCGGACGAAAUAAGUCACAUUCUGUCCCAGUCGCAGGGCUCCAUUACUUUGAAAAUCAUCCCAGCAGUCACUGAAGAGGACAAGACGAGGGAAAGCAGGGUCUACCUGCGGGCUUUGUUCGACUACGUGCCCUUUGAGGACCGAGCCGCGCCCUGUCACGAGGCGGGGCUUCCUUUUAAAAGGGGGGACAUCCUUCAGGUGGUGAGCCAGGAAGACGCCACCUGGUGGCAGGCCAAGAGAGUGGGCGACUGCAACCUGCGCGCCGCCCUCAUCCCCUCCACGCACUUCCAGGAGAGGCGUCUGCGAUACCGCCUGAAGACGGGCUCCUUCCCAAGCGCCGCGUCGUCCUCACACGUGGCCACACACGACGGCGACCUUGAGGGAAAAGACAGAGGUGGCCUGCACAGAAGUUUCCGACUCAAGAGGGACCGGCAGAGUUCUCCGAGUGAGCCUCGCACCCCCGACGCCAAUCACGCCGAAUUCCUGAUCUACGAGGAAGUGGCGCUUUAUCUGCCCCGGCCCGGCGAGAGGCCCCGUCUCAUCGUGCUGCUCGGAUCCCUGGGAAGUCGCACCGCCGAGCUCAAACAGAAGGUGAUCGCCGACAAUCCCCGACUUUACGGAUUGGCUGUGCCUCACACCACACGACCCAGGAAGAUUCACGAGCGUGAGGGAGUGGAGUACCACUUCAUCACUAAAGCCGCUUUUGAGGCCGACAUCCACGCGGGCAAGUUCCUUGAAUACGGGGAGUAUAAGGAGAAUUUGUACGGCACCAGUUUGGAGUCCAUUCACAGAAUUCUGCUUGAGAAUAAAAUCUGCCUUGUGGACGUGCAACCGGAGGCAUUGCAGGUUCUCCGCACGUCGGCGUUCAAGCCCUACGUCGUCUUUGUGAGACCCUCCGUCUUUGACAGCGAGAGCAAGUCUCUCAGCUCCUGUUCCUCGCUCGUCAGCGUCGCCGUCACCGAGCACGACAUCCAAGACAUGAGGCGGUCGGCGGAGCGGAUGGAGCAGCGCUACGGCCACUGGCUGGAUUACGUGCUGGUCAAGGAGGAGCCGCUGGGCGCCGCGGCCGAGCUCCACGCCGUGCUGGAGCGGGUGCGCCUGGAGCCCCAGUGGGUGCCCGUGUCCUGGCUCAGGCCCUCCUAGACCU